GGAGGAAGUUUGAUUGAGGCUCCGAGUAGCAGCCAUUCAGCGGCGGUGGCUGAAGCGAUUGGACUGCGAGCGUCUCUCCCGACACUUUCUGUGGAAUUUGAAUUAUUUCGGCACGGCACGGCUCGUGAUACACUGGUGACGGCAUACACGGAGCAUCUUCUGGGUCGCAGUAGUGAUCGCAGGUCAGUGCUGUCCUCAUGGAGGAUACCCAGUGCAUGCAAUUUGGCCUGAUUUCUCUACCUUGCUGAAGCCCUACUAACGGGAGCUCAGCGAUGAAUAAGCUUCGGCAGAGCUUCCGCCGGAAGAAAGACGUUUACGUGCCGGAGUCGAGUCGGCCGCACCAGUGGCAGACAGACGAAGAGGCGGUCCGCACCGGCAAAUGCAGCUUUGCAGUCAAGUACCUGGGACAUGUGGAGGUGGAGGAAUCCAGAGGCAUGCACAUCUGUGAAGAUGCAGUAAAGCGGUUGAAGACGGACAGGAAAUUCUUCAAAGGAUUCUUUGCAAAAGCUGGGAAAAAGCCAGUACGAGCUGUGUUGUGGGUGUCGGCAGAUGGUCUUCGUGUUGUAGACGACAAAACAAAGGACCUGAUUCUGGACCAAACAAUAGAGAAGGUGUCCUUCUGCGCUCCAGACAGGAACUUUGAGCGGGCAUUCUCUUACAUCUGCAGGGAUGGCACCACACGACGCUGGAUCUGCCACUGUUUUAUGGCCAUUAAAGACUCAGGAGAGCGUCUCAGCCAUGCUGUGGGUUGUGCGUUCGCUGCUUGUCUCGAACGAAAACAGAAACGGGAAAAGGAGUGUGGGGUCACGGCAACCUUUGACACUAACAGAACCACUUUCACUCGCGAGGGCUCCUUUCGUGUUACUACAGCAACAGAGGCAGCAGAGCGGGAAGAAGUCAUGAGGCAGCUACAAGAUGCUAAAAAAGCGGAGACUGACACAAAGGUUGCUGGGAACUCGACCGCCAGUGUGACGAACUCGUCAGUCCACCAGGCGGCCAGCUCGCCGUCCCCUUCGUCGUCCCCGCCUCUGUCGGUGGCCACACUGGGACCUCAGGCGAUACCCCGCAGACACGCACCGGCUGAGGCUCUUGCCAGGCAGGGCUCUUUCAGAGGCUUCCCGGCACUCAGUCAGAAGACAUCUCCCUUCAAACGACAGCUGUCACUGCGCAUGAAUGAGCUGCCCUCCACCAUGCAGCGCAAGUCUGACUUCCCCAUCAAAAACACAGUCCCUGAGGUAGAAGGAGAAGGUGACAGCAUCAGCUCGCUGUGUACCCAGAUCACCUCGGCCUUCAGUGGACCGCCAGAGGAUCCCUUCUCCUCAGCUCCGAUGCCUAAACCGGCUUCAUCCCCACAGUCUCCUGUAGCACCGGUGAAUGGCACAACUCCUGCCUUCUCUGCUGCUGCUACUGCUAACCCCUCAGUUCUACCCCCUGCUCUGCCCACUCGAGAAACUAACCCAUGGGCCAAGAGCCCAGCAGGUGCAACAGCCUCGGCACAGACAGGAGGUGACUGGGCGACACCUACCCCGGUGAUUGUAGUCCCCCCCACAUCUUCUCCAGCCAUUUCCUCCCACAAACGCACACCUUCAGAAGCAGACCGGUGGUUAGAAGAAGUCUCCAAAUCUGUCCGAGCCCCGCAGCCCAAUCCAAUCAUAGCUGCAGCCUUGCCUCCCUCCCAGCCGUUCAUUAAUCCUGUGCCGAUGCCCGUGGCUUCUGUACCUUCUGUUCCCCCAGUGGCCUUCGUGCCCUCUAUACCCCCUGCUGUGCCCGUGGUACCCCCUCGCCAGCCUGCCUUCCACACUCAGGCUCCAGCCUCCCACCCAAUGGCUAAUGGGCUGCCCUUUCCUCAGCCCAGUGUUCCUGUGUUUGGCAUCACUCCUUCACAGAUGGUGGCUAAUGUGUUUGGCUCAGCCGCACAAACGCAGCCAUUCCCCGCACCAGUCUCCACGACACCCCAGCACGAUGGUCAGCCGGCCGGUAACAUCAGCCCGUUCAUCAAACCACCGCAGUCCACCAUGGUAAACCCCGCUCCCCUGCAGCCAUCCAAUGGCAGUGUGCCCUUUAAUGGGGCGGACAGCUGGGCUGCUCCAUCUCAAAUCGCUCCAUCCUCCCCAUCCACGCAGCCACCCCCACAGCAACAAGAAGAUGCCUUUGAGGCCCAGUGGGCAGCCCUGGAGAGCCGCUCGCGCCAACGCACCACACCCUCCCCCACAAAUCCAUUCUCUACUGAGCUACAGAAAACCUUUGAGAUCCAGCUCUGAACACUAAGAUUGAGAUUAGAAAGAACUGGACAAUAAAGACUUGAAUUGGUUGAACAGGUGGGUAAUUGACUACAAGAGAGAUUGGAAUGUUGUCCUGCCUUCCUCACUCUCUGUUUAAAUGGAAAAUCUCAGCAGGGCCGAACUCAGCUGGGGGAGCCUGUGGAGAACAGCGGGCGAAUGAGCAGGGAGCAGAACCCAGUAAGAGAAGAAGAAGGCAAAAAAAAUAAAAACAAAAAACAGAACAGCUUGCUGUUUACAAGGUUGUAGCCCCCUCGGCCCCAGGCAUUUCAUUGGCAUUGUCUGUAUUGUUUUGUUUGUGCUGUGGAGCGCAAGGUCGUCAUAACUCUGUGGAAUAUCUGUGCCGAGCCACUCCCAUCAGCCCCUCCACUCGCCCAGGUGUGGCAGCUCCCUUCACAAGGUCCAGCCCCCAGCGCCCCCUGUUGGCAGGACAAGACCUCCUUCAGCUGUCAGGGGAAUGCAGCAGCACUGAGAGAACUCAGCUUCCAGAUGAGAAGUUCACAUUAAUAACUUCCCAAUCUUUAGAAAAGAGUGAGACGAUGCCAAAA